AUGCCAACAAUUUUGGGGAAAGAAGUCGGCCAAAUCGGCUACGGUCUAAUGGGAUUAACAUUGCGUCCCGAUCCGAUCUCGCAGGAGGAGGCAUUCGCAGCAUUGAAGGCUGCGCUCAAGAACGGCAUGAACUUAUGGAACGGAGGCGACUUCUACGGCACUCUGGAUUACAACAGCCUCGUACUUCUCGAGCGUUAUUUUGAAAAAUAUCCUGAAGACGCCGAUAAGGUAGUACUGAGCAUUAAAGGUGCUGUUGGACCUGCAGGACACCAUCCUGAUGGCUCUCCUGAGGGAAUCCGAGCUUCAGUUGACAACUGCAUGGCUCUUUUGAAGGGACGCAAGAGAAUCGAUAUUUUCGAGUGUGCACGACGCGAUCAAAAUACGCCGUUGGAUGUCACCUUUGGUGUCUUAGACAAGGAGUAUGUGCAGACUGGGAAGAUCGGCGGUAUUGGUCUCUCGGAAGUCAAAGCAUCGACAAUCAUCGAAGCUUCCAAACUAACCAAGGUGGUCGCUGUUGAAGCCGAGCUCUCCCUCUUUUCUAUGGACGUAUUGCAUAACGGUGUUGCGGCUGCUUGUGCAGAACUCCAGAUUCCCCUUAUUGCAUAUUCUCCACUAUGCCGUGGCCUGUUAAGCGGGAGAUUCAAGUCGCUAGACGAUAUUCCUGAGAAGAGUCUUCUGCGCCUCUUCCCGCGUUUUCAGCCGGAAACAUUCCCUUUUAAUGUUCAACUAGCCAAUCAAGUCGGGGCGCUCGCAAAAAAGAAGGGAUGUACUCUGGCUCAACUUUCUAUCAGUUGGACGAUUGCUCAGUCCAGGAGACCGGGCUUGCCAACCACUGUUCCGAUUCCAGGAGCAACGUCCGUUAGCAGGAUUCAGGAGAACUCAAAACAAGUGGAGAUUACAGAUGCAGAAGUUGCAGAGCUAGAGGCUACAUUGGACAAACUCAAGGCCAUCGGAGCCCGUUACCCGGACUUUGUGCCAAUUGAGGGAUAA